AUGACCUUUUACUUCCCUCUUCCCCUCUGUCUCGAAUGGCUCGACUUUUCGCCCGGGACAUCCCUCGAGCAGCCCUCCACGACAUUUGGAAACUUUAUAGCCGUCGGAACAUUUGAACCAGAGAUCGAGAUCUGGUCGCUGGACACAGUCGACGCACUUUUCCCAACUGCUCUCCUUGGCAGACCAGACAAGACGAAAGCGCACGUGCCCACACCGCUUGGGACGGGGAAGAAAAAGAAGAAGAAACAGAAACCGCGUGGAAUCGACCCAGAACAUCACGUAGAUGCUGUCCUCUCGCUCUCAUGGAACCGAACACACCGAAACCUCCUUGCAAGCGCGAGUGCGGACAAGACGGUCAAGCUGUGGGACCUGAGUCGGGAGUUGGUCGAUGGGAGUGCUGGCGUCCAGGCGGUCCAGUGGAAUGCAAUGGAUCCAAGCGUUUUGCUCACGGGGAGCUAUGAUCGCACGGUUAGGACAUUUGAUAGCCGCGCCCCAGACGUUGGUGUGGGAAGUCUCUUGGGGGCAGACGUAGAGGCUGUUCGAUGGGAUCCAUGGCAGCCACAAUGCUUCUAUGUUUCUUUGGAAAAUGGUUUGGUUGUCAACUUUGAUGCGCGGAUGCUGUCCAACGAUCCAACUGCGGUGGCACCAACGCGCUUUACCCUCGCGGCGCAUGACGGCGCCGCCUCUGCUCUCGAUGUCAACCCGCAUAUCCGUGGGUGCAUCCUGACAGGUGGAACCGAUAAACUCGUCAAAGUAUGGAACGUGAACGAGUUAGAAGGCGGCGAGAAGCGAGAUGUCUCGUUGGUUACUUCACGAGAUUUAGGCGUUGUGAGUCCUUUACCCCUUUACUGUACCGUACCUGCGCACAUGCUCACUGCCGAUGGUUCUCAGGGCAAAGUAUUCUCCGCGUCGUGGUCACCCGACGACGCGCUUACCGUUGCUGCCGCAGGAUCAAAAGGAAAGCUACAGAUCUGGGACAUUGCUGCCAAUUCUGGUGUACGCAAGUCGUUUGCGCAAAAACUCAGAGAAGCCAACCGCACCGUCAAGGAGAAGCAAGGCGACGGACUUGUCGGUGUCGCGAGUGACGACGAGGAAGACGAAGAAGAUGAAGAGGGUGCAUGCUAA